ACGUUUGGAAGCUGUACAGCCAUCAGCUUCUUAGCUGCUCUGCUUGCUGAGACUGAAGAGUGUAGGAUUUUGACUAUUCAAAAUGAACGAACAUCCUAAGAAGAGGAAAAGGAAGACUCUACAUCCAUCUCGAUAUUCAGAUUCUUCAGGUGCAAGCAAAUACAUAGACAACAGUGGGAUUUUUUCUGACCACUGCUAUAGCGUCUGCUCUAUGAAACAGCCAGAUAUAAAGUUUUCUGAAAACAGAGGUAGAUUCCACAGUCCUGUGCAGAGCUUAGACACAGACGAUGAUGGGAGUCCUGUGCACGCUGGGACAUCUCAGUGGAGUGGCUCACAUUCCAGUGUGGUGGGGUUCCACUAUGCAGAGCCUAAAAAGAAGGAUAAAGAUAAAGGUACUGAUAAUGGAAUGUGCAGAGACUUGUGUGAUUCACCAAUAUUCAGUGAUAGCCCUACAGAAGAAGAGAAACCUUUGGAUGUUCAAACAGUAGAAAUUUCUACAACAGAAGUGAAUGCUGUAGAAGUUCAUGAUAUAGAAACACAGACUGUGUCACCAGAGAAACUGGAAGCUGAGGACCUAGAAGAAAUCCCUCUGGAAACCUGUAGAAUUUUUGAGAAGAACCAGGCUUUGAAUAUCACAGCUCAACAGAAGUGGCCUUUGCUGAGAGCCAACAGCAGUGGCUUAUACAAGUGUGAGCUCUGUGACUUCAAUAGCAAGUACUUUUCUGAUUUAAAGCAGCAUAUGAUCCUGAAGCAUAAGACGUGUACAGACGCUCAGGUCUGUAAAGUUUGUAAAGAAAGCUUCUCCAGCAAAGUGCAGCUCAUUGAACAUGUGAAACUACACGAGGAGGAUCCGUACAUUUGUAAAUAUUGCGAUUACAAAACAGUGAUAUUUGAGAAUCUGAGUCAGCACAUAGCAGACACUCACUUUAAUGACCACCUUUAUUGGUGUGAGCAGUGCGAUGUGCAGUUCUCCUCCAGCAGUGAGUUGUACCUGCACUUCCAGGAGCACAGCUGUGACGAGCAGUAUUUGUGUCAGUUCUGUGAGCAUGAAACAAACGAUCCAGAAGAUCUGCACAGCCAUGUGGUGAAUGAACAUGCGUGUCGACUGAUCGAGCUAAGCGACAGCUAUAAUAACAAGGAGCGUGGACAGUACAGUCUCAUAAACAAGAUCAGUUUUGAUAAAUGCAAAAACUUCUUUGUAUGCCAAGUGUGUGGCUUUAGGAGCAGGCUGCAUACAAACGUCAACAGGCACGUAGCGAUUGAACACACCAAAAUAUUCCCUCAUGUUUGUGAUGACUGUGGGAAGGGCUUUUCAGGUAUGUUGGAAUAUUGCAAGCAUUUAAGCUCUCAUUUAUCUGAAGGGAUUUAUUUGUGUCAAUACUGUGAAUAUUCAACAGGACAGAUUGAAGACCUUAAAACUCAUCUGGAUUUCAGACAUUCAGCAGAUUUACCUCAUAAAUGUACUGAUUGUUUAAUGAGGUUUGGAAAUGAAAAAGAUCUUUUAAGUCAUCUUCAGAUACAUGAGACAGCUUGAUGACUUCCUUUCCCUGUAAUCAAUUUGUUAGAAUUGGAAUUAAUUUUCAGUCACUGAAAUGUGAUAUUAAAUACAAUUUUAACAGCAAUUGUACAAUUCAAAUGUUUUAAUCUUUGUAUCAGCAACACACGUAUAACAGCUUGGUGUUGUGAAUUUCCUUACCUAGGAGUUUCAGUAGGACUAAUCACAUCAACAGUGUGAUGGAUCAGAUUUUGAAGGGGGGGACAGUGGGAUUAGUUGCAUGUUGUGAUAGUAGUUCUGGUGGUCAUCCUGCACUUUCUCACCUAGUAGAUAAGACCAAAUCUCAAGUUUAAAAAGGGACAAAGAGAAGCCGACAUCUAGUUCCAUGCUUACAGAACGUCAUAGUGAUCUUAACUGCAUAGCCAGCUCCUAUUACCCUCUGUGGCAGCAGGUCAUUGUGCUGAUGUCUGGCAAAUUGAACCAGCCUGCCAAAGACAAGGGCGUUUUAAAUAUUUCCAGACGUGGACGUCUCCAACUUCACAUACCAGCCUGCGCUUGAUAAGCUUUAAAGUCGUCCUGUUUUUCUCUUGUACAUAACUGACCUCAUCUUCACUUUUGUUUAUUCAGUGUUCAAUUUCAGAUCCUGUCUGUGGGACUGUCCAUCAGCCCUCUCUUCCACACAUUUACUACAGGCUGCAUGAUUUUUGUCUCCUUUAUUUAUUCUCAGUUCCUAUCUUUUAAAGCACCAAGGAGACACACAUUGCUUGUGUAUAGAUUGGGUUAUGUUUUAAGGAGUAAUUGUAAGGGAAUUUGCAAAGUGAUCCAGCUGAGAAUGUGAUCUUUCAUAUCUCAGUUUCUCAUUUAGCUCUCACUGAAAUCAUGUUUGUCACCAACCUCAUUUAGAGCAAGCCUCUAGUAGUUUAUAUUAUUGUAAUUCUGUGUAAUUAUAAUUAGCUUUCCACUGCUAGGACAGUUAUUUUAAUUCCGUAAAUCUUAAACUCAUCCUAUAUGCUGGCUUAAAAAUCUGUUCAGAUUAGGUGGCGCUGUCCUGCCAUUCCAAUCUUUAGAGGUGAAUUUUUACAAUUCAUUCUGUAUCUGUAUUUCUGAGUGGAUACUUGGACAGAUAAAAAUAAUAGGCCUUUCAGGUUUUGCUAGUUAUCAGGGUGAUAUUACCCAUAAAUCAGUGGUGGUGUUUACAUUUCUUCUGCAUUGACUGUAAAUUUGUAAUGUAAGAUUGUCUAAUGUAAGCUUUGUGUAGAUAUAAUUAAUGUAUAAAACAUUUCUUGAUCGGUAAGAUUUGGUGUUACCAGCAAGGGCAAGGUCUUUGCAUUCAACUUUUAAAGCUAAGGAUAAAAACUGGCUGAAUAUGGCCAGUUUAUGGAAGUUCUCAUUUCUAGAGAAGUACUUCUGGAAAGUCUGCUAUGAACCAGUUUCUGUAUAUUUCUUUGUAGGAAGCAAGACCAUUUUUGUCAUUUUGAAAUGCUGAUUUACUUCUAAGUCUUCUGUGUGGUCAUGGAGAAGAGCAACCCAAUGGUGUCCUGAGUGUGUUUUAUUAGUCUGUUGUAUAAAGAAUGACAACGUCUGUCGUAGAAUUGCUAAUAUCUUAUUUUGAACAGAUUCAUCGUGGAUGGCUUAAAAUGGUAGCAAUAAUACAGUUAACUGAACACUAAUGAUAAUUACUUUAUGUAUCUGGAAAGCUGAUUUUGUUCACAUGAGGGGUGGGUGGAACACUGGUUCUCUGAAUCCCUGCUUUUGGUGAUGACACACAGGUGAAAUGGCAUGGUUGAGCUUUGGAGAGAAAAUCGUUCUAGGGGACAGUGACAAGAAGUGGAAAAAAGGCAUUUUAAAAAAACCAAACAACUAGUAAGUGGGUGUUAGAAUUGUGUAUGUUUGCAUAGGCCAGCAUUGUCCCCUAUACAAGAAAGGUGGUCUGUAAAAACACAGAGGCCUGUGAAUCAGAAAACUUGUUUGAUGACGCCUAACUUCAUAUCUGACUUUGAGUUGUGCUAUUUCUAAUCUCUAAAUUGGGAAUGAAAAUAAUACCCCAUAGGAAUGUUACAAAGCCAAAUAAUUUGUAACUACAAUGCACUGCACAGUGUCUGAGGGGAAAAUACUUAGAGGUUUGGUCUAGGUUGGAUGUUGUAAAUAAGGGACUCAUGUUAGUGGGGUGGUUUUUUUUUGUAUCAGAAGGUGGAUAUAAAUUUAUAGGAGUAGCUGCUUUCAUUUUGUCUGAGCAGUAACAGGUAAAAAGAACAGGUAAAGAGCAGGAUAUGGGCUUCCACAUGACCAGCUUUCUAAAACAAGAGAGAUAUUAAGUAGCAGAAAAGAUAGGCAGUGAGUGGAGUCCCUCUGGAAGUUGGAAGGCUGAAAGGAAUACUGUUCAUGCCAGGGACAGCAUGGUGGAAAUGGGAAGGCAAGCAUUUUUUUUCACGUGCAAGGGGGAGGUCAGUAGUCAGGCUCUGCUACACCGAGCACGUGAAUGUGGCUGCUCAGGGUACUGCCAGGGGCUUUUUCAUCUUCAACCCCACAGCCUGAACAAUUAAUUCAUCUCUGUCCUGAAUGACAGAAACGAGCUUUGGCAGUCAGGAGUACACCAGAGUUGUCUUUCUGUCCAAGACUCUCCAUGUGUCGCGUGCCGUUGUUCGUUACACCGAUACUCACAGGGUUCACCUGCCUUGGGACCAGUGCUCUAAACAGGAGCUAUACAAAGUCACAGAGUGUUGUAUUUAGAAGCAAUUUGUAUUUGACUGCUUGAGUUAUGACGCUUUAGGUGUGUGUCAUGUGCUUCAGCUUCCCAGGUCAUGUUUGUUCUUCUGUUGAAGAACACUUUUAUAUGAAAAGAGUCUGUUGAGUUUAAAACAACAUCAGUACUUCAAAUCGCUAAAAGACUUAAAGCAAGCGGGCAACUCAAACACUGUGCUCUCUGUAAUGCUUAUUGUGUGUUGCUGAUUUCCACUGUUUAUGGUGAUACUGAAAAUUCUGGCAAAUAAACUC